AAAAGAUACAGCAUCCUAUCGUCAUCCUCACCCCCCGAAUAUUCCGUACUUAAAAAAAAAAAAUCAUCCCCAUCUUGUCCUUUCCAUUUCAUCCCUUGCUCGAUCGUUCAGAUCUCGAUUCAUUUCGCGCGCAUUGCAGCCCUAGCAGGACCCCUCGAUAUUCGCCUUCUAUAGCCCCAGUCCAAUCCAGUACUCUCUACACGCAAUAUGGCUUUGAGAGGGGUUCAACUCGGCCUUCGGGUCUGGGAAUUUCUCUGGACUCUGCUCGUCAUGGCCCUCAUCGGAAAUAUGAUCGCGGGCGCCUUCGCCGGAAACCCAGCAACAGUUAACUACGCCAUGUUCGUGUCUGCGUUUUCCAUGUUCACGCUGUUCUACCUCGUGCCUGCAUCUUUCAACCUUGAUUGGGCUAUCCACCCAAUUAUCAUGAUCGUCAUCGAUACUCUGAACGCCAUUUUCUUCCUCACAGCCGGUAUCGCCCUGGCUGCGAAACUGGAAGCGCAUAGCUGUAGCAACAGGGCAUACACAAGCACCAACGAGAUCACCAAUGGCUCAGUGCACCAGGAAAGGCGUUGUCGCGAGGCCCAGGCAUCGACUGCGUUCCUCUGGUUCGCGUGGGCCGGGUACACUGCGUCUGUGGUUCUUUCAAUCCUCAUGUCGCGUCGUACUGGUGUGAACAUGCGCCCUCGAACUGGUCCUGCGCGUGGCAGCUUGGGCCGCCCUAGCAUGGCACAGGUUUAAAACCUGCGAUGUGCCUUUCAUGUGCUAUGGCUAUGAGACUAUGAGAAAGGGGAGCGAUAUGCUCCCCUACGCCAUGCUAUGCACACUAUGUCACGAGAAUGGAUUCGAGCUGUCGUUCGAAACCAGACUCGGAUCGGAUAUGUGCUUGACAGAUGCUUAAUCAAAAGGAAUCGCGUUCGGGGAUGACAGGGAAAAAAAAAUAGAUAUUUAAUGGAUGGGGGUGAUGAUCUUGUACUAUCUAAUAAUAAUAAUUUGGUGGGAGUUUAGGGCUGUUUUGUUUUGGUGGUUGGUUGGGUUAG